AUGAGAAACUUAAAAACAUUGAAAGAAUUGCUUGCAAGUAUUACUGACAGAGAGUCUCUUAAUAGAUUAUGUCCUAAGCCAUUUCAACCUUCUAUGAUGGAUUGGCUAAUAUCUCAAGAUGCUCCUCACUUUUACACCAAAGAAGAAUUGCUUCAACUGGAGGAUUACCACCUACAACUUUCAAAUUGUUAUGAAUCACAUUUAGAAAGGAAUAAUACACAAAGAGGUGUUCCAAUAAGACAAAGAGAAGAAAUGUCAAAAGGAGAAAUCGGGGCGCCAAAUAUAAAAAAACGGAGGAAAAUUAUGAAAAGUUCAUCAUGUUUAUGUUCAUAUUCAUCUUCAUCUCCACCACCAUCAUCAUCGUUACCUACAUCUCUACCACCACCACCAUCUUUACCUCCACCACCAUCACCAUCUUUAGCUUUACCUCUACCAUCACCAUCUUUAGCUUCACUUGUACCACUACCACCAUCUUCACCUCCAACUAUACCACCACAACUAUCUUCACCUCCACCAUCACGUCCAUCCUUACCUCUACCACCACCGUCAAGGAUAAAAGUGGUAGGUCCAAAACCUCCACCACGACGAAGGGUAGUUGGGAUAAGUACAACACCUCCAUCAUCAUAUUUGUCAUUGGAAUUCAAGAAUCGAGUAACUGAAUUGAAUGGCUAUGAUCUUAAAUUUGUGAUGCACAAGAUACUUUUCUCAUCGGAUGUGAAGCCAAACAAUAACCGAUUAUCAAUUCCAAAAAAGAAAAUCAAAUGUGAUUUUCUCACUAAAGAUGAGAUUAUGAAACUGGAAGAAAAAGAAAAUAAUGAUAAAAUUAUUGGUUUAGAAGUGACAGUGUUGGACCCCUCUUUGAGAGAAUAUACUCUGUCAAUGAAGAAGUGGAGUAUGAAAUCAGACACCUACAACCUUGUAAAGGAGUGGAACAAGAUUGUUGCAGCUAACAAGUUUAAAGAAGACCAAGAAUUACAAAUAUGGUCUUUUAGGGUUAAUACCAAAUUGUAUUUGUUCUUAAACAAACUUUGA